CAGAACAUUCACUAAUGAAAAAACAAAAUGGCCUUGAUGCCAAAAAAGAAACAACAUUGAGCGCAAGAAGAAUUUCAAAAAGAAGAUUAGAACAAUUAUCCGCAUCGGAGGAUGAAUCUGCCCCGGAAUAUGUUCAGGCGAAAUCACAGAAAACAUCCGGCAAAGAGGAAGAAGCAGCUGCUGCAAGGCGGGAGUCACUCCUCGAUGCUCUGAAAGAAGAGGAGGAAGAAGCAGCUGCUGCAAGGCGGGAGUCACUCCUCGUUUCUCUGAAAGAAGAGGAGGAAGAAGCAGCUGCUGCAAGGCGGGAGUCACUCCUCGUUUCUCUGAAAGAAGAGGAGGAAGAGGAGGAAGAAGCAGCUGCUGCAAGGCGGGAGUCACUCGUUGCUCUGAAAGACGAGGAGGAAGAAGAGGAAGAAGCGGCCGAAACAUGCAGGGAAAUGGAAAUGCGGAUUAAGCACUUGGAAGGAGAAAACCAACAACUGAGACAGUUAAUUGUUACAGAGUUGCCUGGAGUAUUGGAUACUCUGAAAAGCACAACGGCGCAGCUGAUAGCGCUGAAGAAUGACGGUGACAGGUCGUCCUGUGGGGGCGUGUCGUGUGCAUCAGCGUCCAUCCUAUCCGAAGAGUGGAGCUCAUCUCCUUAUCAUGCGUCGUACUCUAGACCUAAACAGGUGGAGCUGCAUCCUGGUACGGGUGUGUACUUGUCUGUAGCACAGUGGACUGCGGCACAUCAAUGCCGUACAGCGUCUACAUUUGUUAGGGCCGUUCUCGUGUGUUUAUUUGACACGGAAACAUUAAUAAAAAGUAACUUUAAAGGCGGUGCCUCCAAGCGGCUGACAGACGGAGAGAAGCGGGUGCAGUUAGACCGCGUGAAAACAUCGGCUUUGGCAGCUGCUACUUUGGAAAAGUUUCCUGGGACUUCAAAAGGUGUAAUAAGUGACGCUGUUAACAGAAAAAUCGCAGAAUUGAAGUAUCGCUUGAAGGAAACAUCAGGAACCUCAGUAGGUUCCUGAAAACAGAGUACAACAAAUAAACGUUUAUGUCGUUAAUGGCAUUUACCACAGUUUCAAUCACUUUCUUUUCUGUGUUUUUUAUACUUACAUGAUAAUAAAGUUUUUUUGUUUUGUA